UUUCCUUGUGAAAAAUCCCGGAGGGGAGCGAAGAACUCGUUUCCCGAGUCUGCUGAAGUCGACUUGAAGUCCAGAGAUCCAUGGAAGAUCGUCGGAGCGAUCAAGAUGACGACGUCUUCUCCUUCUUCACGACUCCCUACGAUUCCACCUCCUCUCCGGCGGAGCCGGCGACUGCAGUCGCUACUCCGUCCAGUAUUUUCAACCGUCGCUCGUAUUCCUCCUCCUCGUCUUCUUCCGGCGACGAAUCUCAGCCUUUUCAUCCUUCCAUCGACGAUACCAACAAGCGCAUCGACUACAUGAUCCAGUUUCUCGACCGGAGGCUCAGCGACCAGGUCAAUUUCGACGAGAUCGGACCGGUGAGCGGCGGCGUCGGCAGCGAUGGAAACGGUUUCGACCGAUCCGGUUCGUUACCGGAAUUUGUCGGGAAAGGAGGCGGAACCGGGAUCUUCAAGGCGCCGGUUAGGUCGGCUGUUCAUCCGAACCGGCCGCCGAGUCUGGAGGUGAGGCCGCAUCCGUUGAGAGAAAGUCAAAUUGACCGGUUCUUGAGGACGAUGACGAGCACUGAGAACCAAUUGUGGGCUGGAGGUGAAGACGGUGGCGUAAAGGUAUGGGAGUUUACUGAAUUGUACGGUACCGGCGGUGGUGGGGAGGAAGAGGAUUCGGUGCCGUACAAGGAGUCUGCGGCGGCGGGAGCUGGGUCUGCAGUGCUCUGUAUGAUCGGAGACGCCGGGAGCAGAGUUGUUUGGAGCGGGCACAGAGACGGAAAGAUCAGGUGUUGGAAAAUGGGGGCUGAGCAUGGUUUUGAGGAAGCUUUGUCAUGGCAGGCUCACCGUGGUCCUGUUCUCUCCAUUGUUAUGUCAUCUUACGGAGAUAUAUGGUCAGGGUCAGAAGGAGGCGCUAUCAGAAUUUGGCCAUGGGAAGCCCUUGGAAAGUCUCUUUCUCUGACAAUGGAAGAAAGGCACAUGGCUUCAUUAUCGGUAGAGAGAUCGUAUAUUGACCCGAGGAACCAGGUUGCGGUCAAUGGAUAUACGAAUUCAUUGACAUCAGACGUUAAGCACCUGCUAUCUGAUCAUACAAGGGCAAAAAUAUGGAGUGCCAGUCCUAUGUCAUUUACUUUAUGGGAUGCUCGCACAAAGGAUUUGCUUAAAGUAUUCAAUAUAGACGGGCAGCUUGAGAAUCGAGUUGACACUUCACUUUUUCCUGAUUUUGGAGCUGAAGAAGAGGUGAAGAUGAAGAUUGUAACUGUCACAAAAAAAGAGAAAACACAAUCUUCUCUUGGUUUCUUUCAGCGCUCUCGCAAUGCACUUAUGGGAGCUGCUGAUGCUGUUCGUCGUGCGGCAGCUAAAGGGGGGCUUUGUGAUGAUAAUAGGAGAACUGAGGCAAUUGUCAUAUCAGUUGAUGGAAUGAUUUGGACUGGAAGUGCAAAUGGUACGCUUGUACGAUGGGACGGAAAUGGUGGCCGUUUGCAAGAGUUCUCGUACCAGUCUUCUGGUGUUCUCUGUUUGUGCACGUUUUGUUCUCGACUGUGGGUUGGUUAUUCCAAUGGUACUGUUCAGGUAUUGGACCUCGAGGGAAACCUGCUUGGAGGAUGGGUAGCACAUAGUGGUCCUGUAACAAAAAUAGCAGUUGGGGCUGGUUAUGUAUUCACCCUUGCAAAUCAUGGGGGUAUACGAGGAUGGAAUGUUACAUCUCCUGGUCCCCUUGACAAUGUCUUGCGAGCAGAGUUGGCUGGAAAAGAGUUUCUAUACACAAGGAUAGAGAAUUUGAAAAUAUUAACGGGUACAUGGAAUGUUGGACAAGGGCGAGCAUCAACCGACUCACUUGUGUCCUGGUUAGGCUCUGCUGCAUCUGGAGUUGAGGUCGUAGUAGUUGGGUUGCAAGAAGUUGAAAUGGGAGCAGGGGUUCUUGCAAUGUCGGCGGCAAAAGAAACUGUGGGGCUUGAAGGUAGUUCGCUUGGGCAGUGGUGGCUGGAUAUGAUCAGCAGAACUUUGGAUGAGGGUUCAACGUUUGGACGCGUUGGCUCUAGACAGCUGGCAGGGUUGCUCAUUGCUGUCUGGGUUAGAAACAAUCUCAAACCUCAUGUUGGAGAUAUUGACGCUGCUGCAGUUGCAUGUGGUUUUGGGCGAGCAAUUGGUAACAAGGGAGCUGUAGGCUUGCGACUCAGAGUUUAUGAUCGAGUAAUGUGCUUUGUCAAUUGUCAUUUUGCUGCACAUCUCGAAGCCGUUAACCGUCGGAACGCUGACUUUGAUCAUGUUUAUCGGACAAUGGCCUUUUCACGGCAAUCUAAUGGGAAUUCCGGGGCUGGUAUGCUGCCAUAUCUAUUUCUGUCAUGCUGUGUUGCCUACUCCGUUUAUCAAUUUUGGCCUAUUCAUUGGUCUCUCUUGUUAUUGGUCUCCUCCAUUGCAGCUGGUGCUUCAUUUGGAGUUUCAGUGCCUCGUGGGGGAAAUGCUGUGGGUGUUGGCACAGUUGAACCAAUGCCAGAGUUAUCUGAGGCAGACAUGGUCAUAUUUCUUGGAGAUCUUAAUUAUCGUUUGGAUGAUAUAACUUAUGACGAAGCAAGGGAUUUUAUUUCUCAAAGAUGCUUUGAUUGGCUAAGAGAAAAGGAUCAGCUACAUGCUGAAAUGCAAGCUGGGAAUGUAUUUCAAGGGAUGCGUGAAGCAGAUAUCAGGUUCCCUCCCACGUACAAGUUCGAAAGACACCAAGCUGGUCUAGCAGGAUAUGAUUCCGGGGAAAAGAAGCGUAUUCCUGCAUGGUGUGACAGGAUUCUAUAUCGAGAUAGCAGGAAAAAUUCGGGAUCUGAUUGCAGUUUGGAGUGUCCCAUUGUCUCUUCUGUAUCACAGUAUGAUGCCUGCAUGGAUGUGACAGACAGUGAUCACAAGCCAGUUCGCUGUGUCUCUAGCAUCAAGAUAGCUCGUGUCGACGAAUCGAUCAGGAGACAAGAAUUCGGGGAAAUCAUGCGCUCGAACAAGAAAAUCAAAGUAAUGCUUGGAGAGUUAAGCAAGGUUCCAGAAACAAUCGUUAGUACCAACAAUAUAAUCCUCCAAAACCACGACACUACUCUUUUGCGUAUUACGAAUAAAAGCGAGAAGAAUAGUGCUUUCUUCGAAAUAAUCUGCGAUGGUCAGUCUCAUAUCAAGGAGGAUGGUCACGCAUAUGAUCACCAUCCAAGAGGCUCCUUCGGGUUUCCCCAAUGGCUUGAGGUUUAUCCGGGAACAGGUAUAAUCAAGCCAAACCAUAUAGCGGAAGUUUCGAUACAUCUCGAGGACUUCCCGACAGUGGAAGAGUUUGUGGACGGCGUUCCUCAAAACUCGUGGUGUGAGGAUGUCCGAGACGAGGAAAUCAUAUUAGUGGUCAAGGUCCGGGGCCGCUUCUCUACCGAAACACGAAACCACAGAAUCCGCGUGCGUCACUGCCUGUCCGCAGCAAGAAAAUCAGGCCAACGAUCCGAAAACCCCAUGGGAAAAGCCCCGGUUAACGUCCUACCGAGAUCGGACUACCAACGGUUUAGCAACACACACGACAUGGUCGAGCAGUUAAGGAACUUGCAUAGUCCGUAGUGGUAAGUUGUGGUGUUUGAUAUUAAGCCGAAGAGCUCAACAAAACACUCAUUCCGGUUUGCAAGUGUACAGUCAGAGCAAAUGCAGAAGCAAAAGGCUUUCACGCCAUUUGUACUAUUCGUUUCGUUUUUUUUUUCUCUCUCCUUUUCUUGCUAAUAUAAUAAUAUAUAUUAGUGUGAAAAAAAAAUGCUGGGAUUUAGCUGCUUAUUGUUUUUUUUUUCUUUUUUGCUUAAGAGGCUAAUUACGGUGCUCGUACCGUUGUGUUAUUUUGUAACUGUGUUUUGUUUUUGCCUAUUUUUUUAAUGAUCAGGUUGUAAUAUGUAAUGCUUUGUUUCUCUAGUUGUGUUUGUCAUUACUACUAAAUAAUCUUUCUGAUA